GCCUCCCAGGGUUCAAUGAGCUCCGUGUGGCCCCACCCCGCGCCUCUUCUGUCUUCUCAGUGUAGGCUACUAUUCUCGGAGGGAGAGAUAAAACGCUAGAGAGAACGGGAGAAAAUAACACCCUCCAAGAAUCGGGGUGUGUGUAUUUUGUUGUUGUUUUGCCGGGUUCCAACCUUCGUCGACCAACGGCCGGAGGAGGAGCGGCCUUCGCGGUGGGAAUGUGCUGCUCCAACGAGCCCGCGUCCUCCUUUUCUGAAUGUUAAUUGACAUGUUCUGGGAGGACUGUAACCUGUUUACCCGCCUCGGAAUCAAGGGGGAUCCAUGUAAAUGUGCGUUUCUAUGACAGUGCGGCGGCGGGCGAACACGUUUAGGCCUGAGAGCAGCCUUCCAGCGGCGGCUGAUCUCCCAUCUGCAACAAGAAGAAGAAGAAGAAACAGCAGCAGCGUGGAUACAUUUCGAGGGAUUCUCAUAUCUUGGUCACGUUUUUUCUUGUGUCAUUUGCCCCAUUUUUAUUGAUUUUUCUGCCGCGGAGGGGGGUUUAUGGAGACGGCAUCUGGAAAUAAGCGAAGGGAGAGUCUGUCGGUACGCAAUUUUGGAGGCUUGGUGGUGAUGUGAGGGUCUGAUAACACAUUUUCAGCAACAAAAGCGAGGAGGAGGAGGCCUUUUUUUGGAGCAGAAAGCAGAGCUCCGAACAGCCAUCACUACAUAAGGAGGACGAAUUGAGGGUGGCACUGACUGACUGACUGAGCGCUUUUCUUUCUGUGUUUUUUUUUUUUUUUUUUUUUUUUUGCGUCGGAUGGUGUUGCGGGAUCUGGAUGGGAAGGCAGCCGCAGUGAGUCUGGAGCUGUCUCGGCCUGAUUUGAUGCAGAGCAUGAAAAUAAGCUAGACGACGACGGAAGCUCGAAGACUGUCACACAUGUAGCUCGUUUUGGGUGCAAAUACAUUUCCCUUCCUGUUGUCCCGCUGCUCUCCCUCCACCCCCGGACGAAGACUUUCGUCGGGGGCGACAAAAAGACAAAAAGAAAGUAUAAAAACGUCCACCUAUGGAAGUGUUUAUUAUGAAAGGCGGAGCGGAGGCGAGCCGCGGCACAGCGAGCGCGAGCUUUUCGGACACGCCGAGCUCGGCUUCCAGUCACGGGCAGCAGUGAGACGCUAGUCCCGGGCUUUUUUCAUUUUUGUUUUUUUGGAGAUGCUAAAUAAUCUGCGUGUACGGCCUCCGUUUGAGGUGGAGAGCAACAUUUUGGUGUCGUAACGAACACUGUGGAAUCCAGUCGAAGAGAGGCGGCUUUCAGAAGUGAAACAAACACUUUAGUGGAGGAGAAAAAAAAACAGCAAAGUGAGAGGGGAGGGGGCCUCCGCGGCGUUAGCAGCAAUAAUCCUGCCCUUUUUCUUGACUGCAGACUACGUUUAAUGGACACGAGCUGCGCUGUUUAAAGGAAAUCAAAGGUUUUAAUGUGGGUGGCAUUGUUGCCACGGGACAAACGAGGGAUCUAGAUUAGUUGUUUUCUUCAAACAUCACCAGCAGUACUUCUUCUUCUUCUCCUUCCACCUCCUCCUCCUCCCCUGGACCCCCCACCCCCCAUUUUUUUAAUUUUUUUCCUUGCGGGAAGAUGGGUUGUUUGGGCAACAGUAAGACCGAAGACCAGAGAAAUGAGGAGAAGGCACAAAGAGAAGCAAACAAAAAGAUAGAGAAGCAGCUCCAAAAAGACAAACAAAUAUACAGAGCAACACACAGACUACUACUUUUAGGAGCUGGAGAGUCAGGAAAGAGUACAAUAGUAAAGCAGAUGAGGAUCCUACACGUCAAUGGCUUCAAUGCUGAGGAGAAAAAGCAGAAAAUUCAGGACAUCAAAAAUAACAUCAAAGAAGCGAUCGAGACGGUAGUUACCGCCAUGAGCACCCUGACACCCCCCGUGCAGUUGGCAAGUCCAGGGAACCAGCACCGGGUUGAAUACAUCCUGAACCUCGUCAACCAGAAGGACUUUGAGUUUCCAUAUGAGUUUUACGAUCACGCAAAGAUGCUGUGGCAGGAUGAAGGAGUGCGGGCGUGUUUUGAGAGAUCCAAUGAGUACCAGCUAAUCGACUGUGCACAAUAUUUUUUAGAUAAGAUUGACAUUGUGAAACAGAGUGACUACACACCAUCAGAUCAGGAUUUGCUUCGGUGCAGAGUACUCACUUCAGGAAUCUUUGAGACGAGGUUCCAGGUGGACAAAGUUAAUUUUCACAUGUUCGAUGUCGGAGGUCAAAGAGAUGAGCGUCGGAAGUGGAUUCAGUGCUUUAACGAUGUAACGGCCAUCAUAUUUGUGGUGGCCAGUAGCAGUUACAACAUGGUGAUCCGGGAGGACAAUCAGACGAACCGUUUACAGGAGGCCCUCAACCUCUUUAAGAACAUCUGGAACAACAGGUGGCUGCGGACUAUUUCUGUCAUCCUGUUCCUUAAUAAGCAGGACUUGCUCGCAGACAAAGUGCUGGCAGGAAAAUCCAAAAUUGAAGAAUACUUUCCUGAAUUUGCUCGCUACACCACACCAGAUGAUGCUACACCCGAGCCUGGGGAGGAUCCUCGCGUUACCAGGGCAAAGUACUUCAUUAGAGAUGAAUUUCUGAGGAUCAGCACAGCAAGCGGUGAUGGAAGGCACUACUGUUACCCCCACUUCACCUGUGCUGUCGACACUGAAAACAUCCGCCGCGUCUUCAAUGACUGUCGAGACAUCAUCCAGCGGAUGCACCUGCGGCAGUACGAGCUGUUGUGAUGCGAGCGGAAAGGUGUUUGCCAAAAAAAAUUUAAAAAACCCAACAAAACGUUAUAAGUAGAUUAAACUACAGAAAGAAACUGAACCCUGAGUCUCUGAACUCUCCUGUUCCACAAAUGUGUGUGUGCUCCUGUGGCAGAACAAGAACACACACCCUAAAAACCUGGAACGGCCCUGAUGCAAACUCCUUACCUGAUGUUCAAAGAGGGUUUUUGAUGAAGGGCUUUCAAGUGUAGUCACACACAAAAAAUGACUCAGAUCUCCAUCUUCAGCCAUAUUCCAAGCUCCUGCUCGUGUCGUCCCCUCCAUACACAUUACCUUUAAAUGUCUAAAAGCCCAGAGGGGCCCAGUCUGGACUGAGAACCCUGCAGUUGUGUUAGUGUGAUUAUCCUGUUGAUGAAAACCAAGAGAGCUAAAAACAUCCGUGCAACUGGGAAAGAGAUUAACUGUUGAAUUUCUGCACACUAAUAAACAUGUCAAGGCAGAUCAGCUGAACACUGUAUCUAAUAAAAGAAACAAAAAAGGAAAAAAAAAAAUACAACACUGUGCUCAGGACUUGACUUGAACCGUGUUCACCAAACCUUCAAUCAUUUACAGACAUCCUCAAAGCCUGCAGCUGGCUUUGGCUUGCAUCGAAACGUAUCACACCUGCUUUGUAAUGGGCAGCACAACGGUCAAACCAGAGACGCUCGGUCCCGUCAACCAGUGACGGGCACGCUGAGCUGCAACUGAUCUAACCAGGACUUUGGGAUGGGACAGGUCCAGCAGCAGAGCCCUGAGGAGCGCCACCUCUAACCCAACGCGGGAACGUCUGUGAGAUCGGAGGGCUUCGGAAAACGGGACGCGGGUGGUUCCCAUGCGAACUUCCCCUGGUGGAGUUCAGAGACUUUCAACGACUUCUCCAAAAAACUGCUUUGUCACCUGACUGCCUUGUUGGUAGUGGAGCAAAAUGUGAGGAGGAUAUGUUAAAUUUAAACAAAAAAAGAAUUUAAAAAAAAGAGAGAAAAAUGCCAACUUUAAUGGAAUUUAAAUGGAGGGCAAAAAAAACCACCUUUCAGUAGUAAAGAACUAUAUAAGUUAAAGCGAACUGUCAUCCUGUUUUACUGUCUCCACAGCUGUUUUUGUCUGUGUGGACAUUUGUGCCAUCGUGCCCUGUGCGCUUCUUUUUUCUUUUCCUUUUGUCAUUUUCUGGCUUUCCACGUCUAAAACUGUCCAUCUUCUUUGCUGCCUCCUGUCAUCUCACCUUCUCGAACCCCUUUCCUCAGCGUCCCGGUUCUAUUUGCACUUUCCAGCCGGUGUGUUUUUUGUUUUGUUUUGUUUUUAGGGGUGAAAUAAAAUGUAAUAACCCUGGAUCAUGUAAAAAAAUGUUCAAAAUGCUUUUGUAUCCAUGUGACCCACCUGAACUUUCAGGAAUCUUCUCCGUUAUCUCUCCAUCUUCCUGUGCAUUUUGCCCCCUUUCUGUCUGUCUUUACUUAACUGCUGAACUAUUAUUCUUGUACAGACUGUAAAAUGUAUUAUUUUGUACAACUUAAUUGAGAAAAAAUCUUUUAGAAGAUCCCUGUGCCUUGAUCACGACUGUACGUGUGUAAUGAGCUAAAGUGGGUAUCAUACUGCGCUGUAUAGCUUGGCCAAUCCCCUUCUAACCCCCUGUCUCCCUCUUUUGGCCUAUUCUUUCUCUUAUCCCCAUCUAUGUCCUCAUCUUGAUCCUCUUCCUCUGUUCUCGGCCUUCCUCAUCUGUAGUGGCCGACCGUCAUUUGUAGUUUCCUUUCUCUCCACCCCCUCCCCCAUCCUUUUCAGUCUCUAUGAUUUAAAUGUUUUAUAUUUUAAUCCAUAUACCCCAAAAAGAUAAAUAUAUUAAAUGUAUAUGGUUUUUUUUUAAAGUAUUUUAUUAGAUUCAAAUGAAUAUUGACAAAUUGUACACUUGACAGUGUGCGUAUUGCUAUAAGUUAAAUCCUUUCAACUGAAAUUGUGUUCAGGUUUUCUUGGGGUUUUUUUCUGCAAAUAACAUCUGAAAGGGGUGAACUGGAGGGGAAAGAUGCAAAACCUUGCUUGUUUCAUAAAUGAUAUUCUUUUGCUAAAAAAGAAAAAAAGGCCAAAAAAUCUGAUGGAAAAAUAGUUUUUUUUGGGGGGGGGGGUCCUCUUGCCUAGCCUUGCACAGUAGAGGCAGCCUGUACAGUAUUAGCAUCUCUCUCAUUUCAGUGCCCCAGUCUUCGUAUAAUGUGUACAUCAAUUAUGAGUUUCUGCUUUUUGACAAGGAGCUCUAAGAAAUAAAGUUGUUCUUUUUUUGUUUUUUUUUGGGUGCAGACAAAUACAGGCCUGUCAUUAAAGACAUUCAUAGACACAGGCA